GUGCUACUGUGGAUUGUUAACAGGUUAGACUGAAUGCAUCUGAACAUAAAACAAAAUCUGAAAAAAUGUUGAAAUGAAUCAAGUUAAUGUAAAGAGAUAUUCAGUUUAGGUAAAUUAGUUCUGCCUCACAUUUAAAAUAGAUCAUCUUGAGUUCCCUGGCUAUUUUUUAUGUCUAUAAAUUUCUAUAAAUUCUCUAUUUGGAAAUAAAUUGAGCCCAAGGAAAGACCUCAUACUGACAUUAUUCAGCAUCCCUCAGUGAAAAGGUUUGAAAAAGAAUAAUUCCUGUAGUUGGUAACCACUGAAAAAUAGCCUAAAUAGGAAGAAAAUUACGCUUUCCUCAGCUGCCGCUAAGGUGCUCGGUCCUUCUGAGGAAGCUGAGACCGCAUUGGGGUGUAGGCCCUCACUUCAUCUGGCGACUGCACCAUGCCCGGCAGCCCCUGUCUAGCACUCGCCCGCACCAUGGCCUCCGACUCAGCGCUCACCUGCAUCUACUCAGCCCUCAUCCUGUCCGACAAUGAGGUGACAGUCACCGAGGAUAAGAUCAAUGCCCUCAUUAAAGCAGCCAGUGUAAAUGUUGAACUUUUCUGGCCAGGCUUGUUUGCAAAGGCUUUGGCCAGUGUCAACAUCGGGAGCCUCAUCUGCAACGUGGGGGCAGGUGGACCUGCCCCAGCAGGAGGUCCCGCCCCCUCCCCCACUGCUGCCCCAGCUGAGGAGAAGAAAGUGGAAGCAAAGAGAGAAGAAUCUGAAGAGUCUGACGAUGACGUGGGCUUUGGUCUUUUUGACUAAACCUCUUUAGUAACACGUUCAAUAAAAAGCUGAGCUCUUAAAAAAGAAAAAAGAAAAUUGCGUUAAAAGCUGAUUGUAUGGGAAGAGUGUAGCAGUCAGGAAGCACAGGAUUAAAAUGAAUGCCAGAGAUCAGGAAUUUUAGGGGUCUAAAUUCCAGGGCAAAAAAAUGAACCUGAAUGGGGUUUCUUUUUGGAGUGAUGAAAGUAUUCUGGAAUUAGAAAGUGGUGAUGGUUCAAUAAACUUAUGAAGAGACUAAAGCCAUUGAUCUGUAUACUUUAAGAGGAUAGAGUUUAUGGUAUAUGAAUUAUUUUGAAAAAAUGACCCUGACUGUGGGGGAAAUGAUAGCUCAGGGCCAUCUGGCAUAGGGUAGGAACCCAACCAGAGUGAGUAGUGCACCUGUGUGCAGGGUGGCAGGGAGCAGCGGUGAGAUUUGUUACGUGUAGGGGGAUAGAUUAAAUAAGUAUAGUAUUAAAUAAGGAAAACAAGAACCAGAUUUUUCACUAUUGGAGAACAGAGUUAUAACUUUGGAAAGGAAGUCUAGAAUUAACCCUAUGGUAUUGAAUUGGAAUUGGAGCAUCUUUGUGAACAUUUAGUGUAUGUUUGUAUAUGGAUUUACAAAUAAAAAUGAAUAUAGAGUUGUGUGUAUAUGUAUAUAAGUGUAUGAGCAUACUGCCUAACUCUGUCGACGGAGUGGACCUGGGGGGCAGUGACAUCCUGAUCGCAAUGAGCAUACCUGAUAUUCUAAAUACCUUUCCCCACUAAAAAAAAAAACCAAAAAACAAAAAACCAACUCUUCUUGGGAAAAGGACUGAUUCUAGGGCUAGGGCAGGGAAAGUACAAGAUGAGCCCGGAACAUCUGAUGCCAGAAAGCAAAGAAGUGCUCAGAAAAUGACAGGGAUAUAUCAGAAGGUUACAGGAGCCAAAUUGAAAGGGCUUACGUGGCCAACUUUGGGACAAUUUGAGCAUCAAAAUAAAUAAUAAUAGUAACAGGUUAUAACUCAUUGAGUAAGAAUGGAGUCUUUGAGUUCAGAUAGGUAGGUAGAUAGGUAAAGGAAAAGAAACUAAACUAUAGAAGAGUGAUGGAUUUAGAAAAUAUCACUGUUUGGCAAGCAUGAUAGUAAUUCUACCAAGAAACAUUAAUGGAUGCUAAAAAUAGU